AUGAAGCGCAUAAUCCUUCACAUCAAAGGAGUACGGAAAAAUAAUUCUAUGGGUCACAUGGACAAGGAGAGUCCUUGGUUACAACCAGCAAACAUUGUUGACUACUUUUCGGUUCUUAUUUCUGCCAGCAACUAUCUUUCAAUUGAUAACGUCAUUAUACUUCUGAAAUUUACAACGACAAUUGGAUUAAAGCACUAUAACACACAAAAGGUUGAGUGGAACAAUAGGGGUUUCUCUACACUCCAUGCAUUGGUAGCUGCUGCUGUGUCUUUCUACUUGGUCAUGAUCUCUGACCUCUUUAAUGAAGAUUUGCACAAUAGCAUAAUAAUUGAUAGAAAAUCAUGGUUAUCUGAUUCCAUGUUUGGGGUUUCGAUUAGUUACUUUUUGACAGAUUUGACGAUGAUCCUGCUGUAUUUUCCUUCUUUAGGUGGAAAGGAGUAUCUCUUGCAUCACGGACUUUCCAUGUAUGCAAUUGGUCUUGUUUUGUUGAGUGGCAAAGCACACAUGUACAUACUCAUGGUCCUCUUCACCGAAGUCACGACUCCCUUUGUGAACCUCAGAUGGUAUUUGGACGUUGCUGGUCAGAAGACUUGUAAUCUUUACUUAUACAAUGGCGUGGCUCUAUUUGUUGGAUGGCUGAUUGCUCGGAUAAUCUUAUUCAUCUAUAUGUUCACCUAUAUGUACUUUCAUUUUGAUCAGACGAGGUCCAUCUUCACCUUAGGAUUCUACAGCUUGGUGGCGGUGCCAUCGGCGGUCGCAGUGAUGAACGUGUUUUGGUUCUGGAAGAUACUUAAGGGGAUGGUGAAAACGUUUUCUAGGAGGAAGCACAGUGAAAGUGGGAAAACAGACUAG